AGUAGUCAACCCGAUGCAGGUGGCGUACAUCCUGGUGAUUUGACAACAUACACCGUCUUUUCUUCCAGAAAACAAACAUGUAAUUUACAUGCACACAGCGAGCGUUGAGACGGUUACGGAGCGUGCUAGUGUGUCCGCGGUGUGACGUUAGACUGUGACGUAAGGCCGUCAGAGGAAGGAACGGCUCAUUUGCUGAUGGACGUAUUAUUGUGCGUUUUCCUUGUGCCGUCGUGUUGCUGUUUUGCUUCGUCGGUGUGGACAUGUAGCUAAUGGGGAGUUGUCUAACAUAUCGAAACUCCACUUUGUCUUCGUGUAUUCGUGUAUUUCUCGCUCCUAACGGGAAGUGAGGUCGCUCAACCUGCAGGCCUUACUUACUGUGUGUUUUACUUUGAAACAUUAGCAGGUUUUUUUAGAGGCGUGGUAAUUAGUUUGCUAACAAGUCAGCCACGAUAAGAGUUGACACAAGAUGAGUUUCUUUAGUUUUGGACAAAGCGCAGACAUUGAUGUGGUCCUGAAUGACGCUGAGACGAGGAAGAAGGCUGAACACAAGACCGAAGAUGGAAAGAAAGAUAAAUACUUUCUGUUCUAUGACGGCGAGACUGUCAGUGGAAAGGUGAACGUCACACUGAAGAACCCUGGGAAGAGGCUGGAGCACCAGGGGAUCAAAAUUGAAUUUGUUGGCCAAAUAGAGCUGUAUUACGACAGAGGAAACCACCAUGAGUUUGUUUCCCUGGUGAAAGAUCUUGCGAGGCCGGGUGAAAUAACUCAGUCGCAGACCUUCGACUUUGAGUUCACUCAUGUUGAAAAACCCUACGAGUCGUACACGGGCCAGAACGUCAAGCUAAGAUAUUUUCUUCGGGCCACGGUGGUCAGACGACUCAAUGACAUCAGUAAAGAGGUGGACAUCGUGGUCCACACAUUGAGCACUUACCCUGAACUCAACUCCUCCAUUAAAAUGGAAGUUGGAAUCGAGGAUUGUCUCCACAUUGAGUUUGAGUACAACAAAUCCAAGUACCAUCUGAAAGAUGUUAUUGUGGGAAAAAUCUAUUUCCUGCUGGUGAGGAUUAAAAUUAAACACAUGGAGAUUGACAUCAUCAAACGUGAGACGACGGGCACCGGCCCAAGUGUAUACCACGAAAACGACACAAUCGCCAAGUACGAGAUCAUGGAUGGGGCCCCGGUCAGAGGAGAGUCCAUUCCCAUCCGGUUAUUUCUGGCUGGUUAUGAUCUGACUCCCACCAUGCGAGACAUCAACAAGAAGUUCUCUGUGCGCUACUACCUGAACCUGGUUCUGAUCGACGAGGAGGAGAGACGCUACUUCAAACAGCAGGAAAUCACCCUGUGGAGGAAAGGGGACGUGGUGAGGAAGAGCAUGUCUCAUCAGGCGGCCAUCGCCUCCCAGAGGUUCGAGGGCUCGGCUGCUUCACAGAGCGCGCUGGAACAGGCUGCGAAGGAGGAGAGCGGAUAGAGAUCUCCUCUCCCAAGGUACCCGUCAACUGUACGACGUCUGGUGACGCAGCUGUUUUUAUUUGUAGCUGAAUGGAGGAAGAAGGGAGACCGACAUACAGUGAUGCAUACAGUAUGUGAACAAUGCAGCCGUUUGCAUGAGGCAUUCGAAGUGGCUUCAGGCUGCUCGUCUUGUACUUCCUCAUAAAUGCAAUUUUCUUUUCUGUUUGGGAAUCAAACUAAUCAUUCAUAAUGUCCACUGCAUUAAAACCUUUCAUGUGUGAUAUUCUUGAAUUAUUAGGCCUUCUGUUGGUUACUUUAAUGUUUAGUUUUUUUUUAGGAUAAAUUAAUUUCUGAUCUCUUAAUUAAUGCAACUCAACUGUCAUGGAUUUUCAGAAAUGUACCGCUGACAUUCCACCUUUUUUAAUGAAUACAUUCCUAACAUUGUUGUAAGGUCAAGACAUCUGAGAUAACUCUGCACUGCUUUAUCUUGCUGAACACAUUUUCUCUUUGUUUGUGUGUAUGUGUGCAAAAAGAAUAAUGAUAAAUGCGGAAACUUCCCAUAUUGAGGGCUUAGGUAUUAUUGCACACAUUUGUUUUGUUUUGAUCUGUAAAUAAGACCAGCUAAAACCUU